CUUGUCCUUCCCUGUGCCUUUCCUCAGGCAGGCCAGACGCCCCUGGAGACUGCUCGCUACCACAACAAUCCAGAAGUUGCUCUUCUGCUCACGAAGGCUCCCCAGGUCUUGCACUUCAGUCGAGGGCGGAGCCUGAGGAAAAAAAGAGAGAGACUCAAGGAAGAGAGGAGAGCUCAGUCUGUGCCAAGAGAUGAGGUGGCACAAAGCAAGGGAAGUGUCUCUGCAGGAGACACUCCUAGCAGUGAGCAGGCUGCACCCACAAAAGAAGAAACCAGAGAGGAGAUCCUGUCAGCCUCUCCCAAGCCCAAAGCCAAGGACAGCAAGCAGAGGAAGUCAAAGCCCAAGGUGUCAGCCUUUUCUGACCCCACCCCACCAGCAGACCAACAGCCUGGCCGCCAGAAGACCUUGCAUACUCACAGUCACCCUAAAAAGAGGCAUCAAUGUUCACCCCCGCCCCCGCCACAUGAGUUCAGAGCCUACCAGCUCUACACGCUGUACAGGGGCAAGGAUGGCAAAGUUAUGCAGGCCCCCGUAAAUGGAUGUCGGUGUGAGCCCCUAAUCAACAAGCUGGAGAACCAGCUGGAGGCAACAGUGGAGGAGAUCAAAGCCAAGCUGGGGUCAGUGCAGGAUAAGAUGAAUAUAAAGCUUGGACAUAUGGAGAGUAAGACCCAGCACCAAAUGAGGGUUCUGGACAAGUUGAUGGUUGAGCGACUCUCAGCAGAGAGAACGGAGUGUCUGAACCGCCUGCAACAGCACUCAGAUGCAGAGAAGCAUGAGGGAGAGAAGCGGCAGAUGUCCUUGGUGGAUGAAUUAAAAACCUGGUGCAUGUUAAAGAUCCAGAAUCUGGAGCUGAAGCUUUCUGGAGAUUCUCGGGCCUCUCGAACAAAGUCUACACCUUCUACUUGCGAGUCCUCCACAGGUGUGGAUCAGUCCGUGGUGACAGCAGGUCCAGCAGCAGCUUCUGAUGGUUCCCCUCAGGUGGUCAGGCCCAAGGACAAGGCCCCAGGCUCCACUGUCCCCCACCAGCUGCAGCAAGAGAUGUCUUCCUCAGACUGCACAGGCUCCCGGCUGAGGAAUAUCAAGGUCCAGACAGCCACGAUGUCCCAUCAGGAGGCAGCCAGGUGUGACCAGCAGGCAGGGCUGUGCAUAGACAAAGGCACCCAGACCAAGAAGUUUGGGAAAAGUGGGCAGGGGAGGCAUCGAGUCCAGCACCCAGCAUCCAGCAUCACCUAUGGGCAGGUACCAGCAGCAGCAGCAGGUGAGCAGCUGGCCCCCCACAUCCGAGAUACCUCCCAAGCUCUAGAGCUCACCCAGUAUUUCUUCGAGGCUGUUUCUACCCAGAUGGAAAAGUGGUAUGAAAGGAAAAUCGAAGAGGCCAGAAACCAAGCCAGCCAGAAAGCCCAGCAAGACAAGGCCACACUGAAGGAGCACAUCAAAAGUCUAGAGGAGGAGCUUGCUAAGCUAAGGACAAAGGUGCAGAAAGAAAAUUAAGACCCGGGGAGUAGCAGGAGAGAGCAGACUCAGUUUAUGCAACUGUAUAAUGGCUGUGCCCAAGGUGUCAAUCAUCUCUACAUGGCAGACUUGCCUGUCAAAAAUGACUAACUUCCAGGCCUGGGGAGACAGUAUAAUGGUUAUGCCAAUCACUUUCAGGCCUGAGGCUCUGAAGUUACAGGUUCAGUCCCCAGCACCACCGUUCUCUGGUUAAAAAAAAUUUUUUUAUUAAAUUACAAAAUGUGCCAGAUGCAUACUAUCUAGGCCCUGAAGUUCUGGAGAUUUCCAGUUAAAGUGAAAAUGAGAGAAGCUAGCUUAGUUUCAGGUUUCAUUACAAGCUCGGCACUACAGUCAGCGUUCACCAGAAGUUCAAAAGCUCCAGUGGAGCAGAGCCAAACUAAGGAAAUGCUGUGUACUUCUAAAGGCUACAAUGCAGGAUGUAUGAAAUACCAUAAACUGAAAGGGGAAAAAAUUCACCUCUUAUGAACUUGACUCAAAGCUGUCAUUCAUUGCAACACACCUGCUGUGCCUAGACAAGCUUUUCUAUAAAAGAGCUCUCAUGCAGACACACUAAAUUCUCCCCCCUGUCUGUCUGUCUCUGUCUCUGUGUGUGUGUCUCUCUCUCACAAUAACCAGGAUCCAACUAUCUUUUAUGGAGGAGGAAGGGAUUUUUUUGUAAUGAUUAAGGUUCAAAUCUUCUAUCAUGGCUUCUCUGUUUAUAGCCCAAAUACAGAAAUAUUGUGAAUGAUUGAUUAUAGUGGUUUUAAAAUUAGAUUAAUAGUAGAGAAAUAUCCAUGUCACAAUUAGAUAAAUCUUUUGUAAUUUAUUCACAGACACACCUGAUUAUAUUCAAUAACUCUCUGAAUAUGAGCUUAUUGGUCGGUAUUUUAUAAAGAAAUGAUUAUUUUAUUCUGAA